CUCCACUACAAGUAAAUGUUCUGCAUUCUUAACCUUACAAAGGUAAAAGUGUUCUGCACGGCGGAAACCGAUAUAUCCCCCAACAUGAGCCUGUCCAAUGAGGAGAUGAGGGGGCGGUCCCGUCGGUCUCCAUCUUCACUGGUGUGUGAACCACAACAAACAUCGACGACAGUUGCAGCAAUGGGCAAGUCCCAGUCACACUUGGCUAAGCACAAAAACGAGAGUGAAGACGCACUGACGACAGCUGGCGAGUACGGUGACAGUCAGACAGAGGAGGAUGGAAAGAACGGAGACGUAUCUCAGUUCCCCUAUGUUGAGUUCACUGGACGGGACAGCGUCACAUGCCCCACAUGUCAGGGCACCGGCAGAAUCCCUCGAGGUCAAGAGAAUCAGCUUGUGGCUCUGAUUCCAUACAGCGACCAAAGGCUCAGGCCAAGCAGGACAAAGUUGUAUGUCACGAUAUCAGUGGCACUUUGCCUGCUGCUGUCUGGCCUUGCUGUAUUCUUCCUAUUCCCUCGCUCUAUUGAUGUCUCCUAUGUGGGAGUGAAGUCUGCCUACGUCUCCUAUGACCUGGACAAACGAAUUGUUUAUCUCAACAUUACAAGCACUCUGAACAUCACCAAUAACAACUACUACACCAUAUCUGUGACCAACAUCACAGCCCAAGUGCAGUUCUCCAAGACGGUGAUAGGCAAGGCCAAGUUUAACAACAGCUCAGUGAUCAUACCACUGGAUGAACGGCAGAUUGACUACACAGUUCCCACCACCAUUGCUGAUGAGAUGAGUUAUAUGUUUGACUACUGCACCUUGCAAACCAUUAAAGUUCACAACAUAGUGGUCAUGAUGCAGGUGACGGUGACAACAUCGUACUUCGGCCACGCGGAGCAGGUCUCCCAGGAGAUGUACCAGUAUGUGGACUGUGGGGGGAACACCACCUCCUUGCAUGGGCAUGUGCAGGUUUACUGAGAAGACAAGCAAAAGAGCCCAGACAUCACAUACUGCUGUAUGUCUUACAGAGAUAAACUGGGCUGACCUCCAUGUAGGAAAUCCUUGCUCAGUGACAAUGUAAUAAUGGACAGGGACAUAACUUUCCUUUAAAUUAGUCACAGUGGCUCAUCCAUUCUUAAGUUCCCAACCACUUUCUUCAUUCUCCAAGUAAAAUGUGGUGUUUAUACGAGCAAUUUCUUUUUGGUUACUUGUCAAACAGGCUGGUAAAAGCAGACAAACUUACCUGCCACAGCCAGAAUUUAGCAGGAUUUGCCUCAAGGUUUAUGGUCAUUUUUCACCUUGCCACCAACAAAAUAGAUAAUAAUUUAAUAUUCACAUCAUUGGUAGGCGUUCCCAUCUUGUUCACUCCUCAACAAUUAAAUUACUGGAGUUUCAGAUAUGAUGCACUUUAACCCGAUCCUUUUCUACAGAUAUUAAUAAAAUGUUGUAUGAGUGCAACAGGAAUACUACAACUGCUACUGCCCCCUACUAUUCUAUAGCACUUUUAAUGAAAAAUACAGCAACUAAGGUACAUGAAGAGUUUUUAGACACAAUGAAAACCACUGAGCUGUUCCUUACCACUUCUUUUUGCCCUCUUUUCAUUCCUUUCUACAGUAGCCUCUCUCUUUUUUUGUUUCAUAAAAAUAUGAUUCUUGAUAGUGUUUGAUGCAAUAUAGAUGACUUAUUAUUUUAUGUCAUUUGUUUUUUGUUUUGGCUCAGAGUACUUUACUUUUAGCUUGAGUGAAGGUAGUAGAAGUCUUCUCUUAUGUUUAUCUGUCAUUCACCUGAGUGAUUUAAAAUCAAAUGUGACUACUGUGAAGACUGUUGCAUAGUAAAAAUAACUUUGUAAAAGGGAUAAUAUUUUAAAUUUCAUAGCAAAUGUGGGAGCAUUACAGCGGGCUUUAAAAUACAGAAAUGUGUAAAUGUAAAAUAUGUACUUUCCUUCUGGCUUGCUUCAAAACAUGUUAUAUCAAGAAUAAUUGCUGUUAUGGGAGCAACUUCCUUCCCUUUAAUGAGGUUGUCCUAUUUUUGUGGGCUGUGGUGUCAUUCGCAAUAAUGUGUUGGCUAUUUUAAUCCACUCUGCAUCUAUAACUUGUAUCAUGAGUUGACUGCUAUUUUCGAGUUUUGAAAUUAUUAUGGCUUCCUUUUGUCACUUUUAUUACAAGGUAUAAUUUUGGAUUGGCUGAUGAUUACCAGAAGUGAAUAAUACCACAAUUAUUCACAUGCUCUGAUAAUAUUCUACAUUUUUAAACAUGUACUGAACGACUUUUGCCUGACAAAAGACGCCCAUAACACAUAAAUGCCCAAAAUAUGAAUUAAUGUGUUUCUGAUCUUAGUUAAUUUGUGAUUGCACAGGUCAGAUAAAACCUCGUUCGGCAAGUUUUUCUGACCGUUAAUACAAUGUCUACACAGUCAUCAUAAGAAAACUAUAACCCCCUCUUAGUGUUUGAUGACAGUGUAGAUGUGAAUGUUUCUGCCUCCACACUGUGGUUUUGUGUUUUUCAUGCAUGAAGUUGAAAAUAAAAUCAUGACUCAUUUUGAAA